UUAGAAUUGUACUUGGCAUGUACUAUUUUAUUGUUCUUUCUGCCCUGACAGACCUGUAGUCUACUGUUGGGGGAGGGGCGGGUGCUGAAAAGCUAAUUCAUCCACUCAGUAGGAAAACAAUAGCGCCUUUAUUUUCGACUGUACAUGAUAGCUUAAACGUUCCCUUCCGAACUGAGUAGACAAACGUGCACCGUAUGAACUAUUGGCAGCCUUUUGAUGCUGUCACUUUGUCACAUAAUGCAGUCAUCUGCCGUUGGUUUUGCACGAGCUAACGUUGCAACUGCUGCUAAAAUCCGUUUGUUAAAGGCCACCCCACCAAUUUUUUAAGACCCGGUUUUCCUACCAAGUGUCGUAUAUCCGCCAUGAAAUAACGUGCUGCUUAAACCAAAUAAACUUUAUUAGGGUGAAUUGGAAAAAAAAUAUAUAUACCGCACAAGAAAGUUGUGGCACGACGCAUCUCAUUUUUGUCACGGGGACGUCAGAUGUGGUCUCUUUUUUUAAAGAUAUUUCUUAAUGACAAAAAGAAAAUGAUGCAUCCUAUUGCUGGCAGUGAUACUAACUUCAGUGGGACAGAAAAGUCAGCUUGCCUAAAUGAAGAUAGUGUGACAAACACUGAUCACUUGGACUUGUGCUCCAUGCAGGAAAACAAAUUUAUUAACACAGCUAGCCACAAACCAGUGGCUUGCCAGCAGCAACAAGAAACUCUGACUGAAUCAAACUUGCAGAUUCCAAGUGGCAGAGGUACUGAUAAGAAAGAAGAUCUCAAGAAAAAGAAAAAUCUUUGCAGGUCUGGUAGACGAGGCAGACCCUCUGGGACCACAAAGUCUGCAGGGUAUAGAACCAGUACUGGUCGUCCACUUGGAACCACUAAAGCAGCUGGCUUUAAAACAAGCCCUGGCAGGCCUUUAGGUACUACUAAGGCAGCAGGAUAUAAAGUGAGCCCCGGAAGGCCUCCAGGUAGUAUUAAAGCUACUAUAGCCCGCAUUGCAAGUAUGGGCUAUAGUUGUAGUAGUGCAGCUUUUCCAUACAGCAUGCUUCGCAGCCGAGCACUGCGUGCUGCUAUCAGUGAAGAGGUUGACAAAGACAAAGAAACAAAUGAGGAACAGAUUUUUUCUACUUAGUGUUGUGUUUACCUCAGAUGCGAAGUUUUAUUGAAGAAUCAGUAAAUCGAGUUUUUCUUUUUAUUCCUCUUUUGAUAAAUAUGUUUUGGAUGCUUAAGAUCUUAACCUGGGUCUUCAUUCAGUGGCGCUGCAUAUUUAUAAAUUUACUAGUGAACAUCGGGGAAAUGUUGCAGAGCUCUCUGUAUACAGGUAUGUAUGGAUUAAGGCAGCUCACCUACAUAGCAGAUUGUGGGAUCCAAGGAGAAAAGUCUUCUGUAACUAGGAGCCAAGGAGAAGAGUGUUUGGUGCUCUGUGUCUUCACACGUACAGAUCUGUUUUCUUGUAUGUUUUGCUUUUAUGCCCUUUCUGGAAGGAACUGAAGUUUCUGAUUUUGUCAUGAAAUGAAGACAGAUGAAUUCUCCUGGACCUUUACUGCUGAAAAAGAUGUGCAGACUUUUUAUUCUGUUACAUUACAGUAAAUAUUCUUAUAAAACCACAGCUGUUAAAGAACUGUACUAUCCCAAAUAAAGUAUUUAUUCUCGUGUGUUUUUUCAUGGUCUUUAUUGGAAGUAACAUUUCAUAGUUGUAUGGAAAGGUGCUAUACUAAAAUGAUUUAUAUUAAUUAUAACUUUGGUAGUGUGGGCUCCCCAGCAGAUUCACAGAACAGAUUUUAUUUGAGCAUUCAUGCCAUUUUGUGUAUAAUGUAGCUGCAGUAAAUAUUUUUGCUUUAUCUUAAAAGCCUGAAAAUGUGGGUUAUGCUUAGAUUGUUGGAUGUACUACACUGAUUUGUCUUUUCCUUGCUUAGUAUGCGACAAAGGGGCACAAUCUUUUACUUGAGCUUUAAACUUGUUUAUGUAAGUUUUUGGUUGUGUUGGUUUCACACAAGCAAUCAUUAUCUAUAUAAAGUAGUAAGGAGACUGUGCUGUUGAAUGGCUGUGUAGUAUUAGUUCGUGUCUUGUAUUUGGAAGUUUAAUCUUUUACUACAGUAAGUGUUUCAUUUGUUUUUCUAAUAGGAUUGUCUUAAGUGAAUUUUUUAUAAAAGUUGAUGCUGCUAAGAUUAGAGGUUCCAAAGGAGAAAAACAUUUGAUUUGGAUUGUGAGUCUCUAUUGUUGGUUUAAUCAUUGGCUGACUCCUAUUAUUUGCAUAAUUCAUGGAUGUAGUAGUGAGCAGUUGUUUCUUCUGUGUUUAUAGCAUGAACUGGAGUGUUAGGGUCUAGGUUCUUGUGUAUUAGUAAGCUGACGUUUUGAAAGUAAAAAAAAUCCAUACCCUGGUAUUUGUCGUAGUUGUAAACUUUUUGCAGAUGGAAGUUGCACUUUGGAGUGGUGCCUGAGGUUGAUAAUAUAACAUGGCUACUCUUUUUCUGCAGCAUUUGUAGGAUACCAAUAGUAAUAUUAAAUGCAGUCUCUUAGUUGUGAUUCUUUAUCAAAUUGUCUAAUAUUUUUCCUAAGUGUUUAUUGGUGUUCCUCUUAGUGUGCACACACACCUUCCUGCAUUGGUGGUGUUUUUUUUCCACUUGUCUCACUGGAAAUUUUUACCUAUCAAAUCAUUUUUGUGUAAUCCUCUUUACUGCCAUUACAACAUGUUUCUUUGUUCUGGGCUUGAGUUUUAAAUUGUGAAGAAUUGUGUGCAAAUUUGACAGACCUGUUUACCAAACAUCUUUGCUGCAAGUAGAUCUAAUACAUCCAUAGUCAGAAUGCAUUUGAUACUGCCUUAUCUAUUGUUUUUAAAUAUCUUUAUUUCUGAGCCACUAAAUCUAUUGGGUAUUGUUUUAUUUUGGUGCUUCCCAGUAUUUUGCUGUUUUAGGAGGGUUUUGUAAAUCGAUUUACUUGAAGUUAAGAAACUCAUAUUAGCCAUUUGUAUGUUAAGUUGUCCUGCAAUGAGUUUCUCUGCAUUGUUUGGUUUUAGUAAUCACGUUCUGGCCACUGUUCUAAAUUCAUUGAACCAGGUCUUUUUUUCCUUAACUUGAAACACCUUGUUUAUGAUGGAGAACUGCAGGUCAUAAAUUGUUAGUUUUGGAAAUAGUCAUGUGUACUGCUUAUUUCGCAUUCAUCUUUGUACAGUUGUAGUUUGAUUCUUUUAUUUUGAACUUGCUGCUAAGGAUUUGCAUGGUAUUUGGGAUGAUUACUUUGCAGACAUUGCUCUGAAAGUUUUGUUCCCCUGCUUAACAAAAAAUUAAUGUAGGUUCCUUUUGUAAUUGGCUUGUUGAAAUGUUGUCACCCCAUUGUUCAUUACUGAGAUUGUCUAGUUUUGUGUCCAUCUUGCUGUGUAGUUUAUGAUGUGGCUACUUUAAAACACAAUGUUGUAUACUAUUGUGAUCUUUUCAGCGAUUGUCUUUAGUAAUUUUGCUUUGACAUAUCUCUGUGUACUUUAGACAGUACCUUUUUGUGUGUAACCCCUUCCCAGAAAUAAAGUAGUCACAUGUCGUAACAUGAAUGGUAAAGCAUUUUAUACCCAAAUUACUUUCAGGCGUUCUGAAGGGUAUCAGCUUGUAAAUAAUAAAUCUAUAAACAGUUUGAGAAUGAACUGCAAUAUAAAAUUUACAUACCUGCAUCAACAUUUUUUUUUCUCCAAGCAUACUGUAGUGUGACUGUUGAGCAUCUAUGCUAAAGUUCUAAUUCUUAAAUACUUUUUAAAGUAACAAAUGGUUUCCCAUUGUGGCUUGUUUGUGCACUGUUGUUUUAAAUUACAUAAUGGGCUUAAUUUAGUCUUGGGUACUUGAGAAGACAGUAGUUUCUUUCUUAAAAAUGAGACCUAUAUUUUGCCGAGUCAUAAUUUUAUGAUUUUACUUUUGUAUGUGCUUUGAGGCCAGUACAUUUGUUUGUGCUAUGAAUACUAAUUUCCCCCUUCACCCUUUAUAAAAACUAAAAGGUAUACAGUGUGAAGAAUGCUGGAGUUCUAAGUAUUUUUGUAACAGAAGAAUUCAGAAGCUGUGGGGUUUUAUACCAUGUUUGUUUCCUAUGAAAUUGUGGUCUUUUUAUCUUCUCUUGUUAACAUUCCUAAGAAAGGGCCUACUUCACUGUUGUGUAGAAAUGAGUCAAAUGUUGCAUCUGUGUUUAACUCUGUUCUUGUGUUACUGGAAGAAAAAAAAAAACAAAGCUUUUGGAGUUGUGUGCUGUCUGAUCAGAGGACCCAACAGAUUUUUUUUAACCAAAGCUAGAAUCUGAAACUGAAAUGGAGGAUUGUGUGUAGCUGAAGCAUUACCAUUUCAUGUGUUCACUAUACACUGCUUCACAGCAUUGUGUAAAGUUCAGUAACACUGACAUUCAAGGAACAGUCAUAAGUAAUAUUUGAGUAAAGCUUUCAAAGACUUGAAGCCUUCUUGGAGCGGCAGAUAAGACUAAUGCAUUUUCAUUUAACACUGCCCUUUUUUGUUUGGGGAUUGUCAACUUUGAAAAGAGUUUUGUGCAUCCAUUGCAAUUGUAUGUACUUUAAGCCUGGUUUAAUCUGUUUGCCAAACUGCUGGAGCCACAAAUUCAACCUAGUAUGGCAUGUAAAUGUAAUUUUGUAUGGCACCCUGAUGGCAAAAAGGAAACUGAUUUGUCAUUUUUUUCAAGUGAUUUUGUAAAUUGUGUAGAUAAAUUGUGUUACUUGUAUAUUUCCCUUAUUUUAAUUAGUAACUUAAUGGACGUUAUGACCUUUUUGAUCAACUUUUGUACUUUUGUUACCUACAAAAAUCUGGUUAUACGAAAAUGUACUGUACUGCUGAUGCAAGGUUACUGUACUCCAUGGUAAUGAAAGUUGUCAGAUGUUUUUAAUUUGUAAUGUGUUCCAUGUCUUGUUAACAACCCCAUCAAGGGCAACACAAGCUGCAGUGUUUGCUAUUGUUGGUGGUUGACAGUUAUAAUCUGUACUCGCUUCAUUGUAUACUAUUUAUUAGUAAAGUUCACAGCAUCAAAGAAAA